GUUUAUUUUACUCAAGUAUAUGCCUAUAAAUAGUAAAAUCAGAGAAACUGAUCAUUUUGAAGUGGUCUCUUAUGUGUAUGCCAUAUGAUAUUGUAUAACUGAUGUUGUGGCAAAAGACUGUUGUUGUUGUUACUAAGUCUUUUAUAUUUUUAUGGCCCCACGCUUUAUAGAAUUUCUUUUCUCAUGUUUCAGGAUACACUAUUCACCGAUGUGGCUUAGGGGGCAGGGUACAACUCCAUUAUCACUGCAUGUACUGUCAGUCAACUGUGCUGCGUAAGGAAGACUUUGAAAACCAUUUGAUUGUGUGCAAGACUAAACAAUCAACCACAACACCUCUGUCUAAGCAAUGUUCUUCAAGUCCCAAGCUGUGCCCACCAAGUGCUGAGCCAUGCACACCUAGUAUUGAGCCAUGCCCCCACAGUGUAAAGCUGCAAGUACCCAGUUUACAGCUGGAAGCAACACGUGCAAAGCCAUGUCCACCCAGUGUAGAGCUAGAAGCAACAAGUGCAAAGCCAUGUCCACCCAGUGUACAGGAAGCAACACGUGCAAAGCCAUGUCCACCCAGUGUACAGGAAGCAACACGUGCAAAGCCAUGUCCACCCAGUGUACAGGAAGCAACACGUGCAAAGCCAUGUCCACCCAGUGUACAGGAAGCAACAUGUGCAAAGCCAUGUCCAUCUAGUGUACAGCUAGAAGCAACAAGUGCAAAGCCAUGUCCACCCAGUGUACAGCUGGAAGCAACAAGUGCAAAGCCAUGUCCACCCAGUGUACAGCUGGAAGCAACAAGUGCAAAGCCAUGUCCAUCUAGAGUACAUCUAGAAGCAACAAGUGCAAAGCCAUGUCCACCCAGUGUACAGCUGGAAGCAACAAGUGCAAAGCCAUGUCCACCCAGUGUACAGCUGGAAGCAACAAGUGCAAAGCCAUGUCCAUCUAGAGUACAUCUAGAAGCAACAAGUGCAAAGCCAUGUCCACCCAGUGUACAGCUGGAAGCAACAAGUGCAAAGCCAUGUCCAUCUAGAGUACAGCUGGAAGAACCCAGUGCAAAGGUGCCUGCACCUGGUACCAAGCAGUUCCUACCCAGUGUAGAGCCAUCUCUUUCCAGUGCCAAGCCAUGUAUGUCCAGUGCAUAGACAUGUCCACAUAGGGCAGAAGAAGCUGACCUGGAAAUUCAUGCACUCAAAAGAGUUCGUGUGAGGCCUGUUGUCCGUGAAAAAUGUCCUAUGUGCAAAGUUCUUAUGAACAAACGCAACAUCAGAAAGCAUAUAGACCGUAAGCAUACAAACCAGGAGCUUUUUGAUGUAACUUCUAAAUACCACCUUAGGAGUGAGUGUAUUGAUGAGGUUAAUGGUAUCUUUUCUGUCCAAAAGACUUUCCAUGGCCACAGUGUCCCUCUUCAUGUCCAGAAUAAAACAUGUGGUGAAAAUCAUCAUGUGUUUUGUGAGUCACAGAACUGUCAAGUUAACAUGGAUUUAGCAUGGAGGAGUGGCCUAAAAUCAUAUAAAUGUGUACAUCUUAGGUCAAUCACUUACUGUACAGGUUCAUGUAAGUCUAGCACACUGCUAGAAGGUUCUUUAACAAAGAUGGUGCAAACUAAAUGGUUCAGUGAAGAGGCAAAAAAGAAUUGCCUUGCAUGACAGAGACUGGCCAGAGAGAAUAAUGUUCCUCUCUCUGUUUGCCUAAAUAUAGGAUUUCCUCAAGCAAAGAAAGUUGUGUCUGUAUUUGAGCCCACUGUCUCAUAUUACAGUCGCCUUGGACGAGUUAUGGUGGUGUACAACAGCAGAUUAAACUCGUGGCAUUGUCCGUGUUCUAAAACAAGACGGUCCUGUGCACAUAUUUAUGUGGCCAAGUGGCAUCUUUUCCAAGAACAGUCUGAUUUGUUCAGGACAGUUCGAAGCACAGAAGAGAUGGAUCCAAUUGCUGGCACAAUCGAGCAUGAACGUCUUGGGGACACAGACGAGAAGGGAGUGACAAGUCCUACAUACCCACCAAAAGGUGAUGGCCUGAACAGUAUGGUGAAAUACAUACUCAGAAAGAAGAAGGUACCUGCUGUGUUACCAGAACAUUUACGCCUACCAUCAAAAGAAUUGCAGUACCCAAGAUAUAUAAUUCCAGAGGAAAUGAUGUGCCAGAUCUGUCCAGGGAAUGUGCCUCUCAGUGAACCAAUCCUCAUCACUGACAAAGCAAGGAUCCUUACCAGCUUCGGCAUUGUUCAAAAUGUUUCCACCUACUGCAAACGUUGCCCAGACUGUGAGGUCUAUUACCGAUAUCAAGAGUGGAAGGAUGGGGUUCAUAAUUUCAGUGACCACAUAUUACUUGACCUACCCCUGUGUAUCAAACUGAGAAACCUACUACAGGUCCAUACAGCAGUCAGCAGAGCAGUUGAUUAUAUCCAGCUUAACACAGGAGUAAGGUUCCCCUCAAAAGACACAGUGCUCCAUGGAUAUCUGCAUUUUGAAGCCCUCACAGACCAUGAAUACAAGUAUUCAUGUGUCACCUGUGGUGAUCAUCCUGCUGUGGUCAUAAUGGAUUUGCAUAAGAAGGCUGCUUUUCAUUUGUCAAUAACUGACCUGGGAGGACCACCACAUAAUUAUACUGGCGAAGUGGAUAUAGAGAAGUUUUGGGAUGCUCUGACCAUGGAGAUGAUUGGUCGUGGAUUUGUAAAAAGUUCAAAACACAAUCCAUUUGCAGUCCCACCGACCUAUCACUUUUGGGCUCCAUGGAUUGGUCCAUGUACAAGGAAGGCUGACAUUGUGCUCAAUACUGAGUUUGCAAAGAUGCAUGCUCCAAAAUCCACUGCUGAAGUAGAAGAGCUAACCGUCACUGAGGAACGUCUGACAGAUGAGCUUUCUAAACAAAAGGUGGGAGUCAUACGAAAUUUAUGUAGAGAGUGUGGUUUAGACUCCAGAGGAUCACGCAGUGAUCUCCUUCUCAGACUUUCCAGUGAGAUGAAAACAAGACAGGCUUAUGAUAAAGUGUUUGAGAAAAUUUGGGCAGCCUCAGGAGGAUGGGCCGUGGUCAUGUGCCCCUGUGGGAUUGUGUACAGUAUCAAGCACAACAUUCGUGCUGAGAGUCCACGUGACUUUGCAGAUAUUCUUCUCUCAUGGAGGCACAUGCCGAAUGUUGUCAUAUAUGAUUUUGCACGUUAUCGUGUUGUCUUCAGAAUAAACACGCGACACCUUGCUUGUGCUCAUGAACUCCGCUUUACUUAGAACUCUCCAGAUACACACACACACAGACUUGCUCUAUAGUGAAAGUACCCACACAGCAUAACUUAUUAGUGACCUCUAGUGGUCGUAACCAGACUACAUGUUAGUAUAGGGAUGUACAGAGCCCAACAUGUACCAGCUUCAUAUACUACACACGUGGGCUAGCCACCCAUACUAACUUGAGAGAACCCGAAAGGGUGCCCUUUAAUCCCUUUGAAGGUCGAAUAAGGGCACCUUCUAAGGAAACAAUAGCCCUUGCAAAACAAGGAAAGGUUAAGGUAUCCCUACAUUGGCUAGACAGUCCCAAAGUAGUCCCAGACAAGAGGGGUCACCCAGUUACUGGCUCAGCACAGCAUUAUUGCCUAUAUGACAAGUUUCAUGAGGCAAAUACAAAAGAUGACAGGGACCUACUUCGGAAAAUUUCCCUGGUCCCACAGCUGGCUGGCAAAGUAAAUAGUCAAGUGGCAGAGCAACUAUUUGGCAAACUUAGAAAAAACAACUACUUCCUGAACAUGAGCCAGCCCUCUACUCAUGUAUUCUUGAUGAGGAACAUUGUUCAUCACAUGAAUGUACAAAAAAACAAAGCCAGGUUGGAGACAAUCCAAAGGACCUUUGGAGUUGAAGUGUCAAUGAACAUCCACAGUCAAGCUGUGAUUGGUGAGCAACAGGAAUAUAAUAUUUAUUUCAUAUUCAUAUUUUUCUCUAAAAACAUUGUCACCAACUACAUAAAAUACAGCUUAUUUAUUUGUUUAUUGAUUGUGU